AUAGAACCAAAAAGAGAAGAUGAAGAAGUACAGAACAAUGAAAAAUUAAAAAAGAUGUCGGUGUUUGUCGAUUUUGAAGCAUGUUAUUAUUUUAAAAUUUGAAAUCGGUCUUUACUUUCUUCGAUUUAUAUUCUAUUAUUAAAAUGGCCUAUCAUUACAUUGUUACGGCACACAAGCCGACUGCUGUUACUGCUUGUGUGACAGGAAAUUUCACCUCACCAUCCGAUUUGAAUCUCAUCGUAGCAAAAAAUACCAGGCUGGAGAUAUAUUUGGUGACACCUGAAGGAUUGAGACCCAUCAAGGAAGUUGGAUUGUAUGGAAAAGUGGCUGUUAUGAAACUCUUUCGACCACAAAAUGAAAAGAAAGAUCUACUGUUUAUUGUCACAAUGAGAUAUAAUGCUAUGAUUUUGGAGUGCAUGAGUGAAGGUGAUAGUAUUGAUAUUAUAACCAAAGCUCACGGGAAUGUGGCAGACAGAAUUGGAAAACCUUCUGAAACUGGAAUAUUAGCAAUAAUCGAUCCCAAAGCAAGAGUUAUUGGCCUUCGACUCUAUGAUGGACUAUUUAAAAUUAUACCUCUUGAUAAAGAUAACUAUGAACUGAAAGCAACUAACUUUAGAAUGGAAGAACUUCAGGUGCAUGAUGUUGAAUUUUUGCAUGGCUGCGCCAACCCUACUUUGAUUUUAAUUCAUCAAGAUGUAAACGGCCGACAUGUAAAGACCCAUGAAAUUUCUCUUCGAGAAAAAGAAUUUGUCAAAAUACCCUGGAGACAAGACAAUGUAGAAACCGAGGCUUCUAUUAUCAUACCAGUACCCUCUCCCUUGGGAGGUGCUAUCAUUAUUGGACAGGAGAGCAUCUUGUAUCAUGAUGGUAUUACUUCUGUGGUUGUGGCCCCAGCUGUAAUAAAGCAAAGUACCAUUAUUUGUUAUGCCAAAGUAGAUCCUGGUGGUCUCAGAUAUUUAUUAGGAGAUAUGGCUGGUCAUUUAUUUAUGCUAUUCAUUGAAACAGAAUCUAGAGGAGAUGGUAGCGAAGUAGUGAAAGAUUUGAAGGUGGAGAUGUUGGGUGAAAUAGCUACCCCUGAAUGUAUCACAUAUUUAGACAAUGGAGUACUAUUCAUCGGAUCGAGAAUUGGUGAUUCACAACUUGUUAAGUUGAAUACAAAAGCUGAUGAAAAUGGUUCAUAUGUGACAGUCAUGGAAUCAUUUACUAAUCUUGCCCCUAUAUUGGAUAUGUGUGUUGUUGACCUUGAAAGACAAGGACAGGGUCAACUAGUAACUUGCUCAGGGGCUUUCAAAGAAGGAUCCCUCAGAAUAAUCAGAAAUGGCAUUGGAAUUCAGGAACAUGCCUCUAUUGAUUUAUCAGGAAUCAAGGGAAUGUGGGCUCUACAAACAACUACUGGUAGUAAGUUCGACAACACCCUAGUUCUUUCCUUCGUCGGACAGACUCGUGUUUUGAGCUUGAAUGGGGAAGAAGUGGAAGAAACAGACAUAGCAGGAUUUGCUGCCGACCAACAAACAUUCUUCUGUGGAAAUGUGAUACAUGAACAAAUUGUACAGAUCACGCCCCUCUCUGUCAGAUUGGUAUCAACUCAAAAUAAAACUUUGCUGGCAGAAUGGAAACCGUCCAAUGAAAAAAAUAUAAGUGUCGUGGCCUCUAAUACAUCUCAAAUUGUUCUGUCGACAGGUUCGGCGUUGUAUUAUCUGGAAAUUCAUCCUAACGAAUUAAUUUUGAGAGGGAAUACUACUUUGGAUGUUGAAGUUGCAUGUCUCGAUAUAAGCUCACUAGGAGAUGAAACCAAACGUUCAGAAUUAGUUGCAGUAGGUUUAUGGACUGAUAUUUCAACACGUAUAUUGAGAUUACCAGAUCUUUCAGAAGCUCAUAAGGAACUCUUGGGCGGUGAAAUAAUUCCUCGUUCAGUCCUGAUGGCCAACUUCGAAGGACAGAAUUAUCUUUUGUGCGCACUUGGGGAUGGAUCGAUGUUCUAUUUCUUACUACAGAAGGAUUCUGGGAUGUUAACAGAUAAGAAAAAAGUCACGUUGGGUACCCAACCAACAGUAUUAAAAACAUUCAGAUCUCUCAGCACAACAAAUGUUUUCGCCUGCUCUGACAGGCCGACUGUUAUCUAUUCUUCUAAUCAUAAGUUAGUUUUCUCUAAUGUUAAUAUGAAAGAAGUCAAUCAUAUGUGUUCCCUGAAUGCCGAAGCUUAUCCUGAUAGUUUGGCUUUAGCAACAGACACAUCAGUUACUAUAGGCACAAUAGAUGAAAUUCAAAAACUACACAUUAGAACGGUUCCUCUUCAGGAAUCUGCGAGAAGAAUUGCUUAUCAGGAACAAACUCAGACGUUUGGGGUGGUGACUGCACGCAUUGACAUUCAGGAUUCUACAGGAUUGAACCCAGCAAGGCAGAGCGCUUCUACAAUGGCACAAUCUGUGACAAUAUCUAGCAGUGUCGGUUCUUUAGCUAUAAGUAAAUCAGGAAGCAGUAGUUUAUUAGGUGGAAAUCUCGUUCCUGACUAUGGGCAAGAAGUGGAAAUACACAACUUGCUCAUCAUCGAUCAAAAUACUUUUGAAGUGUUACAUGCCCAUCAGCUUAUGCAGCAAGAAUAUUCCAUGUCUUUAUUGUCCUGUCAGCUAGGGAAUGAUCCCAACCCUUAUUUCAUAGUAGGUAUGUUGUAUAAGGUAAACUUGGUUAUUCUCGUCUGGUUUAGGUCAAUCCUGGUAUUCCACUGGAACGACAAUAAACUGACGCAGGUAUCUGAAAAAGAAAUCAAAGGAGCUUGCUAUUCCCUCGCUGAAUUUAACGGGAAGCUUUUGGCAUGCAUCAACAGCACAGUCCGUUUGUUCGAGUGGACGGCAGAACAAGAACUAAGGUUGGAGUGUUCACACUUCAACAACAUCAUAUCUUUGUUCCUAAAGACAAAAGGAGACUUUAUCCUUAUAGGAGACCUUAUGCGAAGUAUGACCCUGUUGCAGUAUAAAACGAUGGAGGGUAGUUUUGAAGAGACCGCUCGGGAUUAUAACCCCAACUGGAUGACAGCCGUUGAAAUACUAGAUGAUGACAUAUUCUUAGGGGCUGAAAAUAGCUUUAAUAUGUUCGUCUGUCAAAAAGACAGCGCUGCCACCACCGACGAGGAACGAUCGCAGAUGCAUGAAGUUGGCCAAUUUCAUAUUGGAGAUAUGAUAAACGUGUUCAGGCAUGGUUCUCUGGUGAUGCAGAAUAUUGGAGAAACGUCGACCCCAACCAGAGGCUGUGUUUUAUUUGGAACUGUAGGAGGAGCCAUAGGUUUGGUCACCCAAAUACCUCAAGAUUUCUACGACUUCCUGUUGGACUUCCAGAACAAAUUGGCUUCUGUGAUUAAAUCGGUAGGAAAAAUCGAACAUUCCUAUUGGAGAGCCUUCCAUACAGAUAUCAAAACAGAAAAUAGUGAAGGUUUCAUAGAUGGUGAUUUGAUAGAAAGUUUCUUGGAUUUGUCGCAUGAUAAAAUGAAAGAAGUUGCAGAUGGACUAACAAUGACUGUUGAUGAUCUGGUGAAGAUGGUCGAAGAUUUGACUAGGAUACAUUAAUUAGGAAAAUUGUCUGAAUUUUUUUAAUUUCAAGUUUAAUAUAAGUUAAUUUUGAAAACAUUUCUAUAGAAAAGCUAUAGAAGUUCAGAAUAAAAUAUUUCUCACAAAAUAAAA